AUGAAUAGGAUACACAGAGGGGAGAAACGCUAUGAGUGCACCAAAUGUGGGAAAACCUUUGGGUAUAGGUCAGGCCUCACAGUACAUCAGAGAACACACACAGGGGAGAAACCCUAUGAAUGUAAGGAAUGUGGAAAAAAUUUCUGUGAGAAGUCAGAUCCCUGUGUACAUCAGCGAACACACAGAGGGGAGAAACCCUAUGAGUGUAAUGAAUGUCAGAAAGCCUUCAGUGCUAGGUCAGCUCUCACAGUACAUAAGGGAAUACAUAGUGGGGAGAAACCCUAUGAAUGUAAGGAAUGUGGGAAAACUUUCUCCCAGAAGCCAAACUUCAUUAAUCACCAGAGAACUCACACAGGAGAGAAAACCUAUGGGUGUCACAAAUGUGGAAAAUCCUUCUCUGUGAAGUCGAAACUGAGGGAACAUCAGAGAACACACACAGGAGAGAAGCCUUAUAAAUGUAAUGAGUGUGGGAAAACUUUCUACCAUAAGUCAUCCCUCACAGUACAUGAGAGAACCCACACAGGGGAGAGACCCCAUGAAUGUAACCAAUGUGGGAAAACCUUCUAUCAGAGUCACUCCUCACAACACAUCAGAGAACACACUAGGGAGAAACACUACAGGUGUAAUGGAACCUUUCACCAGCAUCUCGAUUUCAGUAAACAGCAGAGAAACAGUACUCAGAAGAAACCCCUGUCAACAUCCUGA